AUUGUGAAUCAAUUCCAAGCGAAGCUUGUCGUCCAAUCAGGGCUAGGAACACACGACAUACAGUGUUAUAUGCUUGUGGAUUUGGGGGGAGAGAUCACCUGAGGUUCCUUAGGAACGGAUGAAUUUCUAAUGGGGGGAGUCAAACAAGAGCAUAACGAUGGUCCUGGAUCAAAAGGUUUUCAUCAUUCCGACUCAACACAGGAAGAAAACAACAAUUCACUCAGCACACAGCCUGUAAAGAAGCGUGGCUGGCCCAAGGGUAAAAAAAGAAAGAAGGUCUUACCCAAUGGUCCUAAGGCUCCAGUGACUGGGUAUGUGCGCUUCCUGAAUGAAAGACGAGAACAUAUACGUGCCUUGCACCCUGACCUCCCUUUCCCUGAAAUUACCAAGAGACUUGGGGCCGAAUGGAGUCGCCUCGCUCCCCAUGACAAACAGCGCUACCUGGAUGAAGCGGAGCGAGAAAAGGUGCAAUAUGCACGGGAACUGAGGGAGUACCAGAAGAGUGAGGCCUACCAGAUCACCAGUGCCAAGAUCCAAGACAAAAGAAUUAAGAAAGAGGAGAUAACGUCUGUUAUUAUAAAUGCCAAUAGUUCAGGAUCAGCAGCUAUUAAGAAUUCUGUUCUUCAGGGUUCAGAUCUCUCAAGCAGAUUCGAUGUACCCAUUUUUACAGAGGAGUUCCUUGAUCAAAAUAAAGCGCGGGAGGCAGAGCUUAGGCGGCUGCGGAAAGCCAACGUGGAGUUCGAGGAGCAGAACACCAUUCUGCAGAAGCACAUAGCUGAGAUGUUUAGUGCCAAAGAACGCCUGGAGGCCGAGCUGGGUCAGGAUGAGCUGCGCACACAGGCUCUGCAUCGCCGCCUGCAGGCUAUCAAACAGACGCUAGUCACCAAUCUGGCCUCUGUGCCCCUGCCAGGCACAGGCGAGACCCCCUCAUUUGGAACCCUUGAUACUUACCUGAGCCGUUUGAGCAGUACCUUGGAGAGCAGUCCUCACGAGCAUCGCGCUCUGCUGCUCAAGCUCCAAGAGCUGCUGGCUCACUUCGACAGUGAGAAACUUUGAGAAAAGUGUGCAGCUGCGCUGUGUAUGGAAUUGAGGUGUUUCCUUUAGCGUCUUGCAGCACCAUGAAGACAGGAUUACCCAGAAACCUGAAGGAAGAUCUCUGCUUUUUAUGGUGUGCAAUAAAGCCUGAUGGUCUGAUUAGACGUAGUUGUCUCUUGAGGCGCUAUUGACAUGGUAGUUCUUUAGAAUGUUUUACUUUCUCAGAUUGAUAGGGAAUGUUUUUUGUUUUUAUCAUUUUUUUGUAUUUCAUACCUUAAAACUGUCCAUUAUUCUUCUGUUUUAUUCGUCAUUGCUGUGGACUUAAUGUCUAUUUAUAUUUAUAGCAUUUGGCAGACACCUUUAUCCAGAGCGACUUUACUUAUCUCAUUUAUACAUUUGAGCAGUUGAAGGUUCAGGACCUUGCUCAAGGGCCCAACAGUGGCAGCUUGGUGGUGCCAGGGUUUGAACUCAUGACUUUCCGACCUGUUGUCCAAUGUCUUAACCACCGAGAUAUCACUUAAUAACAAUUAUUCAUUUGUCAUUCCAGAAACAUAAGUUCUGUUCCACUGAUUGAUUGCUAAUAUGUAGUGGGAGUUUGGUAUUUUAAGGCAAAUUAUUAUCGUGAAAAUUUUCCUGAAUGUAAAUUUUACAUUUUACACUGACUUAUAAUAGUGUAUUUGAAAAGAAACAUAUUAAGAUGGGUACUGAGAAGCUGAAUCAGGGAAUGUUUUGUUUAAAUUAAAUUGUUCUUGUUUCAAAAUGUUUACUCUGUAAAUAUUUUUUUUUCAGUAAUGUGCUAGUGUAUAAUUGCAAAAUGCUUUAUAAGUAUAUGUUGCUGCAUAUAUGAUGUUGCAGUGACCUUAAAUGCAAUAAAAUAGAUAUAUGAACUAA